CGCCGGGUUUUUGAAUUUUCAUCUUUAGCUGAGAUGGAGAGCUGUCAUGUGAUAUUUCGAAAGUUACGGAGAAAAUGAAGGCUAGCUUCGGACCACCCGUGUGCCCAGUGUGUAAGCAAUAUGUGUACUUUGCUGAGGAGCUGAGAUCAAUGGGCAAGUCGUUCCACCGAGCCUGUUUCAAAUGUUGUGAGUUUUUACAUUUACCUUGAACUAAAAAAGAUUGCUGUCGUAAAACUCUUGACAGCUUUUCGGCGAAUGAUCAUAACGGCGAACUGUUCUGUCGUGCAUGCUACGCAAAAAAAUUUGGUCCACAGGGCUAUCGUUUCACUCCGUAUUCGUCCAUUCAAAUGGGAGGUGCUGAAAGACGCUCUCAGUCACAGCCCCGACUACAAGAUUGUUUCGCCCAAACCACACAGACAUGUCAGUCUCCCUAUCCCGAAAAUGGAUACUAUCACGCCCCUUCCAGUCCACCUAGUCGAGAGCAAACAACCACUUACGAGGACGCACUGAAUCAUGGGAUACGUCAACCCAGGCAACGUUGGAUUAACACAAAUUUGGGUGCUGUGCGAUGUGCCAACUGUCCAGACGUGGUUUUUGCAAACGAACGAGUGGAUGCUUGCGGUAAAGCCUUUCAUAGACUUUGUUUCAAGUGCACCAGCUGUCGGCGCUUGCUGGACCGGGGGACGGCAUGCGACCACAAAAAGGAAAUAUUUUGUCAAAGCUGAUUUUAAGGCUCUCAAUGAUGCGCAAGAAAGUAAUUCUUAAAUGUAACGCACUACUCAGAAGGUCGCUGGAAACAUCACAAACUGGAGAUUCGGCUGGGUUCCAGAUUGUUACACAAAGCAUUUUGGAUCCACGGGCCUGAAA